CUUCUACCCCACAUUUUUAAUACACACUUGUGUUUCAUGUUAUCAACGAAAACACGUCUCUGGCAGCGAGCCUUUCUCUCUUCUUCUUCCUCUUUUUGUCACCGGCGACAACACCACCGCGACUUUUUUCUUCGCCAGGCUCAGUUUUAUUACUAUUCGUCCAUUGCUUCUAAACGACAAGAGGCGUAUAACGGUGGUGGCGAAUCAAAACAUAAAACUCAACAUGACAAGGGCAAAUUAUCAGCACGCGAAAGACUCGAUUUACUAUUGGACUCGGGUUCCUUUCGAGAAUAUGACGCAUUUGUCGAACAUGAAUGCACAGACUUUGGCAUGGAUUCAAAAAAGAUAGCUGGCGACGGUAUAGUGACAGGACACGGCACAAUCCAUGGCCGACGCGUUUUUGUAUACAGCCAAGACUUUACCGUGUUCGGCGGCAGUUUAUCUCGAACGAACGCCAACAAGAUUCUCAAAGUGAUGGAUCAAGCCAUGCUUGUGGGUGCACCUGUGAUUGGACUACAAGACUCGGGCGGUGCACGGAUCCAAGAAGGUGUCAACUCGUUGGCGGGUUAUGCUGACAUUUUUCAAAAGAACGUAUUGGCUUCGGGCGUGGUUCCACAGUUAUCCGUCAUCAUGGGACCUUGUGCGGGUGGUGCCGUUUAUUCACCUGCGCUGACGGACUUUGUGUUUAUGGUAAAAGACACAUCCCACAUGUUUGUCACUGGCCCUGAUGUGGUGAAAGCCGUGACCAAUGAACAAGUCACUCAGGAAGCUUUGGGUGGUGCGAGAACGCAUACAGCAAAAAGUGGGGUGGCUCAUAAUGCGUAUGCAAAUGAUAUGGAAGCGUUGCAACGAGUACGCGAUUUGGUGGAUUAUUUACCCCUUUCCAACCGUGAACAAGCGCCUGUUCGUCUGUUUGGAGACCCGGUGGAUCGACAAGACGAAGCAUUGGAUACGAUUGUCCCGGCAAAUUCGAACAUGGCCUAUGAUAUGCGUGAAGUAAUACAGCGCGUUAUGGAUCAACAUUCGUUCUAUGAGAUUGGGCCUGAAUAUGCACCCAAUAUCCUUGUAGGAUUUAGUCGAAUGGCAGGACAAACCGUCGGCGUGGUCGCCAACCAACCACUGAUAUCAUCGGGCGCACUCGAUAUGGACGCAUCUGUCAAAGCAGCACGCUUCAUUCGGUUCUGUGAUGCAUUCAAUAUACCCCUCGUCUCAUUUGUCGAUGUGCCUGGAUUCCUACCCGGCACGGCACAGGAACACGGCGGCAUUAUUCGCCAUGGCGCCAAACUGGUAUACGCUUAUUGUGAAGCUACUGUACCAAAGUUGACCGUCAUUACUCGAAAAGCCUAUGGUGGUGCUUACAUUGUCAUGAGCUCCAAAAACAUGCGUGGUGAUUACAAUGUUGCCUGGCCAACGGCGGAAAUUGCAGUCAUGGGAGCAACAGGUGCUGUGGAGAUCAUAUUUAGAAACAAGCCCGGCAAGGAUGCAUUAGAAGCAGAAUACAAGGCAAAGUUUACAACACCUUUGGCGGCUGCUCGACAAGGAUAUUUGGAUGAUAUCAUUGAACCAAGAACGACACGUGCAAGACUUAUUGAGCAGCUGGAACUACUCAAAACCAAGUCAAUGCAGAACCCUUGGAAAAAACACGGCACAGGCCCCUUAUGAAGGAAUAAAUUUCCGGUGGAAAAAAAGAGAGAUUUGCAGCGGGCAGUUCUGAGGUCGACUGGAUAUCAAGUUUAUUGGGAUACAUUCAUCAUAUGAAUUGAAGGAGCGAGAAGAGGGGGGUGGGGUGCAGAUUAGAGAGAGAGGGAAAAAAGAAAAAGAGAUAAUUCAAGAAUCACUAUUAGGGAGUUUUGUGGAAAGAAAGUUAGGGUGUGAAUUAGUCACUUUCCUUGUUUCUUGGAGAAGAGAACCAGAAAGAGAUUUUUUUUUUGUUCUUGUAGUAAAAACAGUUUAUUACUUUUUCCUUGAAAAGAAGGAACAAUGUGUAACAUUGAGG